AUGGCGCCCACAACUUACCCCGUGCUUCCGGAGAAACUACUCCUCAUCUCAUUGAAGAUGUACUUCACCCCAGAGCGUACCCUCAGCUACGUCCGCGGCCUCCUCGACCCCACAAACGAGAUCGUCAACCCACAAAACCGCGAGAAGCUCUUGCUGGCUCUAAUCCCAGACUUCCUGACCAUCUGGCCAUGUGCCGACAUCAUCAGGGAAUACGAGAGCAAGCUCGCUGCCUCCGGUAUCCCCACGUCGCCGCCCCCGUUCUACCUCGGCGCCCAGGACUGCAUGUGGGAAGAAUACGGCGCCUACACCGGCGAGGUAUCCCCGGCCGCAAUCAAGUCCCUGGGCUGCUCAAUCGUCGAACUGGGCCAUGCUGAGCGCCGUGCCAUCUUCGGUGAGACAGAUGAGCAGACCGCGCGCAAGGCCGCCGCUACCAGUGCCCAGGGGAUGGUCCCCCUCGUCUGCGUCGGGGAGGUCACUGCCCCGGGGGCCAUAGCCUCGGCGGCUGUCGGGCAGGCCGUGUCCGAAUGCGCAGUCCUCGUACAAGCCGUGCUGAAUGCCAUCCCCGCUGAGGCACCCGUGAUCUUCGCUUACGAGCCCGUGUGGGCGAUCGGUAAACCCAAGCCCGCGGGCGUCGACCACGUCGCUGCAGUGGUGGACGGCAUUCGCGGUGUCAUUGGGUCUCGGCCUGGCACUGCGCGCGUUCUCUACGGUGGCAGCGCGGGUCCCGGUCUCUGGGGCGCGGGCGGGCUGGGCAAAGCCGUCGACGGAAUGUUCCUGGGCCGAUUCGCGCACGAAAUCGAAGGCGUGCGCAAGGUCGUCCGUGAGGUGGAGGAGACAUUGGGUGUCGCCUGA